AGCCGGGGUGAAGAAGACAUGAAAGACAAGAGGUUUAGGGAAGGAGUGCUGCCCGCACGCGCGGGCGCGGCGCUCUCCACCAUCUCCGCGAGAUGAUUUCCCUCGUGCGCCGCCGCCGCCUCGCCCUCCCGUUCUCCACCCUCCACACGGCAGUCCCCGCCGCGGCGGACCCGCCGCCUUCUCCUCUCGACGCCACGGCGGUGCUCGAGACGCUCUCCCUCUACUCCAACGACUGGCGCCGCGCGCUGGAGUUCUUCCAGUGGUCAGCCUCCCCCGCGGGCGCUAGCGUGCCACCGACCCCGGCCACCGUCGCUCGUGUGGUUGACAUCCUCGGGAAGCACUUCGAGUUCCCGCUCGCCACUUCCCUCCUCGUCUCCCACCACGACCCGGCGCGCGGAGACCCCUCCUUCCUCCGCCCCGCCCUGCGCUCCCUCCUCAACCGCCUCGCCGCCGCCAACCUCAUCGACGACGCUGUCCGCGCGUUCGAUUCCACCGCUGAUUCCAUCGGCUUGCGGGACGAGGCCUCCUUCCACGCCCUCGUCGACGCGCUCUGUGACCACCGCCGCGUCGACGAGGCCCAUCACCUAUGCCUAGGCAAGGAGCAGCCGCCGUUCUCACCAGUAACGAAGACCUACAACUUGCUUCUCCGGGGUUGGGCUAAGACCCGCGCCUGGGCGCGUCUCCGCCAUCUCUGGUUCGACAUGGAUAGCCGCGGUGUUGCCAAGGACCUCCACUCAUAUUCCAUCUACAUGGAUGCCCUUGCUAAGUCAGGCAAACCGUGGAAGGCCAUCAAGGUGUUCAAGGAGAUGAAGCAGAAAGGCAUGACGAUCGAUGUUGUUGCAUAUAAUACUGCAAUCCACGCAGUUGGGUUCGCACAGGGAGUUGAUUUCGCCAUUCGGUUGUACAGGCAGAUGGUCGAUGCUGGUUGCAAGCCAAAUGUUUCCACUUUUAAUACGAUUGUUAAACUAUUGUGCAAGGAAGGAAGAUUCAAGGAAGGGUAUGCAUUUGUUCAGAAUAUGCACAGGUCUGGGAUUGAGCCUAAUGUGCUCACUUACCAUUGCUUCUUCCAGUAUUUGAGCCGCCCUCAGGAGGUCCUCAGACUGUUUGAGAAAAUGUUCGAGAGGGGUUGCCGGCCAAGGAUGGACACAUAUGUGAUGCUAAUCAAGAGAUUUGGGCGGUGGGGGUUCCUUCGACCGGUGUUUAUUGUGUGGAAAGCAAUGGAAGAGCAAGGACUCAGCCCAGAUGCAUUUGCUUACAAUGCCCUUAUUGAUGCAUUGCUGCAGAAGGGAAUGGUGGACUUAGCUAGAAAGUAUGAUGAAGAGAUGCUUGCAAAGGGACUUUCACCCAAACCAAGGAAGGAGUUGGGGACUAAGCUGCCAGGAGCAGAGUCUGACAGUGAUAAUGCAUUGGGUGGUGUACUUUGAAUACUGAAAGCUAGACAUGAAGAGUGGUAUUAUCAUUUCUGUUUACUGCUAGACUAAUGUAGGCUGAUUUCAACAAUGAUAAGAUGAUUCCCAUUCUUCCUAAAGAUUAGCUGUGUUAUGUUCAAAACUUGAAAGAGAGAGAUUUUGUGUACAUGGGCUUAAACAUUGGAGUAACUGAUAAAAUGGAUAGUGUUGCAUUUACUGUCAACUAUUGCACAAGUGUUCACAGAGAUAACAUGUGAAAGAGGAAGCUCUACACCCUGAUAUUCUUCCAGACAGUGUGCAUUGUUGUCUUUCUGCAAAAGCAUUCAUGGACAUGGACACAUGGUCAUAUACUCAUAUGUGCAAGAAUUAUGAUGGUAUCCUCACUAAUGGGAUGAUUUCUCUGUUGCCCAAGUUGAGGAUAGAGAUAGACCUGGGAAGUGGGCACUAGGAUGAAUUCUGAGCUAUUGCUACUCACAGUUAUCAUAUGAUUAUUCUGGCCAAUUUAUAUGAUGACAUGCUGAUGUUUCUCAAGGUAGAGAACCUUGUCUCAGGGACAAUCAAUAAAAAGAAUUACGUUGAACUGAAAUGAAAUCAGUGGCAGUGGUAGCUCUCAUCUUUGCAGUUUCCACUUGGUUGCUAUCUGAGAAAAAAGAAUGAUAUUAAGGACAUCUGAUGUCAUGAGUCAUAACUAUAGGUUAGAACAGUAGCAUCUCUUGCAUAUAAGAUCUAUGAUUUAUUCAUACAAAUUGCAGGUAAACAACGGAUACAAUACUGAAGUCUUCUUGAUUGUUGAUUCCAGUACUAUCCUAUGCAAGAACUGUUGUGACAUCAUGAAUAGUAUAUUGAGUUAUUAUUCACUCGAUGAUCUUUCUACUGGCCCUUGAUAUGGUAGAGCUUGAAUUUGUGCCAGCUUGAAACAGAACUUAAAAGUGAAAACUCUUUAUUCCUCUGCAGUUUCUCUGUUACUCUAUGUCCAGCUAGGAAAAUUUACAUGAAGAAGGAUUCCCGUGUUGCUUGUUUGCCUGUUGCAACAUUUGGAACAAUUUAACCUAAAUAUUCCAGUGCAGGGAGCAUAAGAAAGCAGGCGCUUGAGGAGUGACAUCAACAGAUCUACGGACAGUGGAAAGAUCAUGACUUUGCUAGGAGGAUACUGGACACUGAUAAUUAAUUCUUGGUGCUGCAGCUUCCGAAGUUGAUGGGCUUUACAAUCUAUAGCUUGGUUUUCAAGCUGCAUGGAGGAUUCACGAAUAGUUCAGGAGCAAUGAAGCUACAGCCUGCAAGAGAAGAUGCAUACUACCAGUGCCCAUACUUCCCCUAGCUUCAGUAUCCUUUUGUCGUUUGUAGUCUGUACCUUCUGCUGGGGCUUUAUCAUGGCAACGGGAUGUUCCAGUCUUUAGCUGCCGAAAACCUGUCAGUUGGAGCCAGGUGCUCACCUGCCCUUAAUGGCUUAAUACCUCUGCUUUGUGCAGCAACUCUCAACUGUGACACCAAUACCUGUCUUCUGUUCCCAUAGCAACCGGGUCCGGGUAUACACCUUCUAAUCGAACAGAGAAUGAUCUGUGUAUAUGAUCAUUAAUGCUUGCCCAGAGCCCCCAGACACAGGAGUGGCAGCUACAAAUGUAAGACCAUGCUUGCUGCUGCAACAUUGAUCUCUCUCAUAAUGUGAAAGAAGCAAGUAGGCCUGACGAUAUAUCAACCAUGU